UCAAUCGAUCACUUUUGUCUCUGAUGUGUUCUUUACCUUGUGUAUUUGUUGAUUUUGUAAUUUGUCGUGAAAUUACAGUGCUUGAAGAAAUAAUUACUGUUCUAGAUUCUAGAAUCAUUGUUAUAGUGCUGUGUGAAACGCUAGCCAAGAUAUUAGAAUAAUUGGAUACUACGUUCCUAGAAGUUUGACUGAGAACAGAUUCAAAUCAAGCUACGAAGAUGGGGAGAGGUAAGAAGGAUAAAAGGGAUAGAAGGAGUUCAACUCAUGAAGUCGAGGCUGAGGUCGAAGCGAUGUCGCUCAGUGACGCCCCGUCUACGUCACAAGCGCCACCGCCUGACCCCGAGGAAGAAGGCCUCUCCUCUGCUUCCGUUAAAAGGAAGAAGAAGAAGGAGGAAAGGAAAGCUGCUCUGAUGUCUUUACAGACGUCCAAAAAACCUGAAGAAGCCAAGGUCAUUGUGCCGGAGCCUGUCGCACCGGCACAGCCUGAACCAGUGAAGAUGGAGGUAGAGGAGGAAGCAGGCUUGGGAUUAGGACUAUCUGGCGGGAAGAAAAGGCCGAAGAAGAAGCCUAAAGGUGCAGCCGCAGCUGAGCCGGCUCAGCAAAGCUGCACUACGUCGGCAUCAAUGCCACCGCCUGCCGGACCUCCCAGACAAGCUCCGGCUUCUGCGUGGCCCACUCCUUCACCUACAAGUGCUCCCGCCCAGGCCUGGGGUGGCCCGAAAGGCGACCGUCCGUCUACUGCGAUCUCACAAAGCGCGUCUUCUGCGUCAUCCACUUCCACCACCGCGCAAACUCCACAACCUUCUACGUCGUACACUUCGAUUCCUGAAUCGAAGUUACCACGACAAACCGACACCACUGUGGCGAGGCCCGAAGGGAGAUAUACCAAAUAUGAACCAGUCGCGUGCCGAUUUAAAAUUCCCAAGAGGAUUGAGGGCAAUACUGUGCCCCACAGGAAAGUUCAAAUCUUGUGCAACUAUUUGGCCAUGACAAUAAAGGGUUUGAAAAUUAGUCGUUAUGACGUUUCUUUCAAACCUGAUCGCCCAAAGAAGAUGCUAGGAAAAGUAUUUUUGGUCUCAAAGGCUCAACAUUUUCCUAACAAUGAAGUGGCAUUUGAUCAAAUCAAAAAUUGCUAUGCACUGACUCCAUUAAAAAACGUGACGGCCCAGGACCGUUAUAUAACAAACGUGACAAUGCUUGAUCCUAAUGGGAAAGAAAUGAAAUUCGAAGUGUCCUAUAAGUUCACAGGAAUUGUGGACCUUAACACAAUCAUAAACUACAUGGAAACCGGUGCCACGUCGCUUUCCCCUCCAACCGAAGCCAUCCAGUGCGUUGACGUAAUAUUACGCCAAGGGACUCUGGAAUCCUAUGUUAAGGCUGGCCGUCAAUUCUUUAAGCGGCCAGAACGUCCGACGAACUUGGGCGACGGUCUUGAGAUUUGGACUGGUCUCUUCCAAUCUGGAAUAUUCACCUCCAGGCCUUUCGUCAACAUAGACGUUGCGCAUAAGGGAUUCCCCAAAGAGCAGUGUUUGCUUGAAUCAUACAAAGAAUUCAGGUUGGAUUUAUAUAAACCGCUGGAGGCUCAACGGGGUCGCCAAGUUGAAGCCUUCACUAAUUUCUUAAAAGGACUCCGUGUCUCCGCGGUGAUCAAUCCUGGCGCCGGCAAGAACGUGCAGUCGCAAACGCGCGAGUUCGUUAUCAACGGGCUCGUCGACCCAGCUAACAGACUGUAUUUCCCACUGGAUGAGGGGGGAAAAGUUACGAAAAUGCUGGUCGCCGAAUAUUUCGAACGAGUGAAGCACGUAAGGCUGAGGUAUCCUGACCUGAACUGCGUCUGGGUGGGCCCGAGGGAGAAAACAAUUUACUAUCCGAUGGAGUUGCUGACCGUUGUUUACGGACAGGCCCAGAACAAACAACUGAACGAUUUGCAACUGGCCACAAUGGUCAGGCAAGCGGCCACUCCGCCGGAUGAGCGCAAGAAGAAGAUCCAGGAUGUCAUCACCAGUAUGAACUAUGCGCACAACCCGUAUUUCCACAAGUUUGGACUGCACAUAUCCGACAAGUUCUAUCCGGUCGACGCCAAAGUCCUGCACCCUCCGAGGCUAGAAGUGGGAGGAGGGAAGUCGGUUGAGCCAAGGCGCGGGGCAUGGAUAGCCGAACGCGUGCUAAAGCCCGAAGCGUUGACUUCUUGGGGCAUCGUUGCGGUGGAGACUGAGCCAGAUAGAUGCGAUUUCGAUAACAUCAUCCGAUUGAUGAUGUCGGUUGGAAGACAGAUGGGUAUGAACGUGUCCCCGCCGGCCAUAAGGCGCUUCGACCUUAAAUUGAGGGAUCUCCAUAGCGCCUUCCUAGGCGCUACCAAAGACGGGAUCAACUUCAUGUUCGUCAUCGUCUCUUCCAGGGGCCGCGACUACUAUCAUAGGGUCAAACAAUACGCUGAAAGAGAAGUCGGUAUCCUGACCCAAUGCAUCAAGGAGGCUACUAUACAAACGCGUAUGAACCAGCAAACUGCCCGCAAUAUUCUUCUGAAGGUGAAUUCCAAGCUCAUGGGCAUCAACCAAGCGUUGGACAAGACCAGUAUCCCGAAGUGUCUCCGAGACGGCGGCGUUAUGGUUGUUGGUGCUGACGUCACUCACCCGUCGCCCGAACAGAGCAACAUACCGAGCAUUGCCGCUGUCACGGCUUCGAUCGAUCCAAAAUGCUUCAUGUAUAACAUUGAACUCAGUAUUCAAACGCCCAAGAAAGAGAUGAUCGUCGAGUUCCAAGACAUGAUGGUGGAACACCUGAAAGUGUACCGCGCUCACCAGAAAGCGUUGCCCAAGAAGAUCUUUGUCUUCCGCGAUGGUGUUUCUGAGGGACAAUUUGCUCAAGUCAUGAACAGCGAACUACAGGCGGUGCUUGACGCAUACCGAACCAUCGCCGGGCCCAAUGCUAGGCCCGAGGUUCUGUUCUUGCUUGUGCAGAAGCGACAUCACACGAGAUUGUUUAUACCGAAUAGCGCCAAUAACGUGGAUCCUGGGACCGUGGUGGACAAAGAUAUUGUCCAUGCUAGCGAGUUGGACUUUUAUUUGGUGUCUCACCACGCCAUCAAAGGCACGGCUCGCCCGACGCGCUACCACGCCGUGUGCAACGACGGCCGCAUCCCGCACGACGAGGUCGAACAGCUGACGUUCUACCUCUGCCAUCUGUACUCACGAUGCACCCGCUCCGUGUCGUAUCCCACGCCCACUUACUACGCGCAUCUGGCGUGUCUACGGGCCCGCUCGCUGACCCACGGCGAAAAAUUCGACAACAAGGAAUUGGAACGCCACCCCAAGCGACUCCGUGUUAUGGACAAGAUUCUGCAGUCUAGCCGAAUGUUCUUUGUGUAAUUAGCCAGUUAAAUGUUGUAAACGUAUUUUUACUUAUUCUACAUAAUAAAAAAAAAAAAAAAAUAUACAAAAACUUGUACCAACUAGAUAUUUUUCUAUGUUGUCCUUUCAAGCUUUGAUAAAACAGUGUCUAUGUAUUUCACAAUAGUCAAUGAUGUCCUUGCUCAGUAAACACACGUACAAAAAAAAACAAAAAAAAAAAGAAAUAGAUUGCUUUUCUGUCUGUGUCUAAAUGUACUUUUACAGCAGUUUUAAAAAUAUUUUAAGAUAAGUAGGUACUAACUUUAAUUUGAAAUAUUAUGCUUCUUUUACUAUGCCUUUCUUUGUUUUUAUUACGUAGUUACGUUAUAUUUUUAAUAUUAGUUAAGAAUAAUUUUGACAGAAUAUACACACAUUUAUCAUGAAUUUUAAAGUUAAUAGCUGUACAGCUAAUUAUUGCCAGAUUUUUGUUACUUGAUUUCUUUUAAUAAGGCUGUACAAUGUAGGUGUACUGCAUUUAUUAUUAGCAUUUCCAAAAUAUAAUAUGCUUGUUUAAAUUGAAUAUUAUAAUACAGAAUAAUAUUAUACCUUCGUACAGAAGAAUUUCUUCGCAAAGGUAUUUUAAAAAUUGUCUUUCUUUUUUUAUACCCCAUAGUUUUCAAAUUCAUGGCUGGCGCCCCAAAAUGUUUUUAUUUUGCGUAUCAAAAUUAUUUUAAGUAGGUCGAGUUACUGUGAUUUGUUUAUUAUAUAAAAUAUUUAAGUGUGCUUAUGCCGCCUAAAUUUUAAAAUUUGAUCUGACUUUGGGGGAAUAUCAAUCUACCCCGAAUGGGGAUGAUGGGAAUUUUCUUGUAAUCUUCUCUGAAAUUCUCAUUUUCCCACAUUCGGGGGAAAUCGGAUAUGAUGGGAUGGGAAUGCCCCGACUUUUGUUCAGUUUCGAAUAAGAUUGGUUUACUCGAAACUGUAUGUUGAGUCUAGUCGGUAAAACGUAUUUUACUCGAGGUAAGGCAAUUAAAAUUGAUCUAACUAAAGACUACUAGGAUCUCCCUGAAUGCGUAACAUAGAUUGUAUAUUCUUUCUAAAUUAUUAUUCUCAGAGGAAACAGGGUAUUCCUUAAUUGAAAUGGAAAUCAGGACAAUUCUCUGAAGAAUGAUGAAUUCUGUAUUUUUUCUUGUCACUAAACAAUUUUAAGUAUGUUUAACUCUACAAGCAAGAUUUUAAACACAAUACAUAUAUUAAUCAGAUAUGAUAGCAGAAUUAAAUGUUCUUUUCUAUAUUACUAGCAAUAUUGUAAUCAAGUGUUUAAAUAAAUAAAUAAAAACUUAUACUCUGGGAA